AUGUUAGCAUGUCUCUUCUUCUUCUUCUUCUUCCUCCUUCUCACUCUGCUGCAAUCUCCUGCAACUUCAUUUCGAGUGUCUCGCCCCGCCGUUCCAUCGGUCGUCCUUCGUGCCGAUAUGAGCUUCCAUUGUCCCUGCGUCGAUCACUGGUUCAAGCACAACCGACACUGGAUCCGCGCCUCCUCCACUACCGGUUGCAUGUCCUUAGAGACCGUUCCCGACAACAUCUACCUUCUCAAUGCUCUCCUAAAGCCCGACUAUGUUUCGAACGACUUCCCGACCCUGAUUUGCAGCCUAAACCAAAACAGAUGUGGUUGGGCGUAUAGUCCUCUCGAGUCUCUAAGGGCCGUCGUCACUACCACGUCGUCUAUUCUACCCUACGAUGAUGUGAACGGUACUGCAGAGGAGACACCGGCGUGCGAGGAAGCAUUGGACACGAUGGUUGCUCACGCUGAGGGAUUCGUUGAAUCGACAAUGGCUUAA